UUUUGCCACAACGAAAGAACAUGCAGUUAUCAAUAUCAUCGUCAUCGUCCACUACAUUGCCUGCGCUGUCGUUUUGAUACUUUCAACCAAACGGAAAACAAAACGCCGCUCUUUUGUGUGACUUAGCCACCGUUCUCCGCUCAAUUUUCCGGCUGCUCCGGCCAUCUCAGAGGGCGUAGAAGGUUCAGGAGAAGAUGAGUAACGUGUUUGAGGGGUAUGAACGCCAGUACUGUGAGCUUUCUGCUAAUCUAUCAAAAAUAUGCACUGCAGCUGGUGCUCUCAAUGGAGGUAAACAAAAGAAGCAAAAAAUUUCAGAAAUAAAGGCUGGAAUUGAUGAGGCAGAAGCUAUGAUUCGAAAAAUGGACCUUGAGGCGAGAAGUUUGCAGCCAAACAUUAAGGCUGUGCUUCUUGCUAAAUUGCGGGAAUACAAAUCUGAUCUUAACAAUAUUAAAAGCGAAGUUAAGAAAAUUGUAUCUGGUAACUUAAACCCUUCUGCACGGGAUGAGUUGUUGGAAUCAGGAAUGGCAGAUGCUAUGACGGCUUCAGCUGAUCAAAGAGAAAGGUUAAUGAUGUCAACUGAGAGGUUGAACAAGUCUGGUGACAGAAUCAAGGACAGUAGGAGAACAAUGUUGGAAACAGAAGAGCUUGGGGUUUCGAUUCUUCAAGAUUUGCAUUCUCAGCGACAAUCUCUACUGCACGGACAUGACACACUUCAUGGAGUCGAUGAUAAUAUAGGCAAGAGCAAGAAAAUUUUGUCCAACAUGUCAAGAAGGAUGAACAGGAACAAGUGCGUUACUAUCAUCAUUGUUAUGGUCCUAGUUCUUGCUAUCAUCUUGAUUCUGUACUUCAAACUUUUUAAAUAGCCAGUAGCAGAUCUUUUCUCCUAUUGGUUCAUAAAUAUCGUCAAGAUACAAGGCUUUUUAUAUUAUUUUCCUUGUUUCCUUGCUUAUUUUUUAUUCUCUGGUUUGUGCAGUGAUGCAAGCUAAUUUGACAGUGUUUGCUUCUUUAAAUGUGUGGUGUGUCUUAUGCUGGCUUUGUUAUGUAUGAAAAUUUGAUUUCUUUCUUAUGAUCAGUUAUUGCAUGA